GGGAGAAACAUAAACAAAUCGAUUUUAUCCUGCAUCUUUUCUGUGUUGUUUCAUACUUUACGCUAUUUUCUUCAUUUGUUGAACAGCUCCUUUUAAGUACCCGUUCCGCUCCCGUUUUCUAUUUUUGUGCAAUCACUAUGGCGAGUGGGUUUGUGUCGGAAACGGAAAUCGCUGAAGCACGUCGCAGAAGGCAAGAGGAAUGGGAAAAAGUUAGGACCGCAGAUCAGCCGAUAGAGGCCCCAGAAGACGAGUAUGAUCCGCGAUCACUGUACGACAGGCUGCAAGAACAGAAACAGAAAAAGGAUAAUGAGUUCGAAGAAGCACAUAAACUCAAAAACAUGAUCAAAGGCUUGGAUGAUGAUGAGGUGGAGUUUUUAGAUUUGGUGGACAAAAACCGAAUGCAAGCAGAAAGACAAGCGCAGCUGGAGGAACAAAAAGAGCUAAACGAGUUUCGUGCAAAGGUCGCCACUUUACAAGAGAAACGGUUAGAUGAGCAAAUUCAACAGCAAGUUUCUAAACCAAAAGCUACAAAAACACCCAUCACAAGCACACGGCUAAGCCAGAAGCAAAUUCUGGCCGGUGUGGUGCGUAAGCGCAAAUUAGAACCUGAAAAUGAACAUAAUGAUUUAAACAAAUCAGCCGAGAAGCUUACCUCUACUCCGACCAAACCUUCGAACGGAGAACCAAUGAAUGAAAACAAUAGCUCAACGAGCGCAACAGAGAACUCCUCGGCCAAGAGUAACGUGGCAAUGCGCGUCAUCGGAAUACUGCCGGGUAUGGGAUCGUACAACUAUAAUGAUGACGAUUCCGAUUCGGACAACAGUUCGGAAGAUUCCGAGCUAGAUGACAGUCAUGAGUAUGAUUGGAUAGGACGCAAGAUCCGCAAAACGUGCGAUGGCGCUAAUAAAUGAUAAGUUUGCGGGCUGUAGGGGGGUUUUGAGGAAAACUGUUACAAUUGUAUGCUGGAAGCAUUAUGCGUCCAAAUAUGAGUGAGUCCCUGCUGGAUUCCAGUUCGAGUUGGCUAAAUAAAUGUUUAAUUGCAUCCUA